CACGACUGUCAGUAAGGGCUCACCUGUACCCUGGUUUAUCGCUAGCCUUGAACAUUUGGUCAUGAUAGUCAUUCAAUUGCUCUUGACAUGUAAUCAUGGAAAGUGAAGCAGACUCCACCGUUCAAGAAGAGGUCGAUAUCCUCAUGUUCGAUUAUCUUCUCUGCACAACAAUUGACCAACUCCUAUGCUACGGAAGAGCGAAGGCGGAAGGGCAGAAGCGAGAAGACCAUAAUAUCGAGUGGUACCUGAGAACAAUUGAAACAACUAGAGCAGUGUUGUUAGACCCAAGUAGUCUUUCGGAUGACAUAAAUACCAAAGACCGACUGUUGAAUUUUGCCGUGAUAUUUUGUCACCGGUAUGCUUUACUACAGAACAGUGCUCCGGUGGUAACUGCUUUGUUCCUACUGGCCAACUUUCUCGCGCUCUGCGAAGGCGAAGGACCAGGGGAGAGCUGGCCAGAGCUCAAGGAUGCCAUUUCAGCUCACCUGAUUAUGGCGGCCGCACAAGAGGAGCUCGCGGCGGCCGGCAUUCAAUCAACCUCGGACUACGACGAGUGUAUUCACCGCGUGCACGAGGCCAUAGAAGAACAAUCGCCGGCGAAAGGACGACAAGGGUAUCUGAAAUACUUCCAGCCACCUAGCGGUUUGUCGCUAGAGGUUCACCUAAGGGACAUAUCGAAUGAACUACCCGCAGCUCAGCUUGCACGUGCUGUGGUUGAAUACCUGACCAACUUAAUGCAAUCGCUAGAUCCACCCAUACUGCUGCAGUUAGAGAGAGGGAAACUCGGUGGACUCACCCGUGAAGAGACCAGGCGGCUUAAAGAAAGAGUAGGACUAUGAAAGCCACAAUUCGGUCAUCUGUACAGUUUAUAGUCGGACAUUGGGGAGACAAAUCACAAGACUAGCUGCAAUGGUGGGCCUCU